GGGACGCGCCGGUCGCUGGUCAAUUCGAAACGAAAUUCAUUUUGGAUCUAUCCAUGUACAUACGUACAUCGGAUUGGAUUAGAUUGGAUUGGAUUUGGGGGGCAUAGCACACAUUGCACUCCAUAUUCCCGAUUGCGAAAUAGUUUGUUUAUAUUGAGCGAUUCUGUAUUUGCUGUUCAACCUGUUGUACGCAAAGAUUUCAAAGAGUACGCCUAUAGACUCGAUCCAAUUGUGAGCAAUACAAAGAAGUGUAGAAAAUGAUAUGCGCAAUGCAAAGAAAAUGUUUUGAAAUGAAAUCAGAAAAGUGAAAUCUCUGCAGAGUUUAAUAACCGGAACUAGCGCACACAGUUUUGGCCUUAAGUUCCUGUUUUAUUGGCCAUCAUGAAGCAGUUGUUCAAUAUAAUACACUGCGAUGACUUAAAUGGGGAUGUACGCUCUAUUUAUGAUAAUUUGAAUACAGAUGUUUGUGGCAUUGACCGUGUGAGGCGUGUUUUUACGUGUUUCAGCAUAUUUCUGCUACUUUUCGGAUGGAUAUUUGUUUGGAGAAGAUACAAAAAAUGCCAUAAAACAUUGCAAAUGUUCCACAAUGGACGGGCGGCGAUCUCCCUGCUGCUUUUGGCCCUGAAUAGCUUGGAUUUGGCCAGGAACUUUCUUCCCGACCAAAAUGUUCGCCACCUGAACCGCCUUUUCCACUCGAGCCCCAGGGAUCUUAAUUACUUGGUUGUAAUUGGAUCGGGAGAGCUCUGGAAUGCGCUUUGCUCCACCUUGCUGACCCUCAUGUUAAUGCUCUACCAUCGCAUUGUGGAGCGCAAGAAGGCGACAGUGCUCCUAUACGCCAGCACCGCGGUGGAGGCGUUGACAUUUGCCCUGCUCGCCAAUGAGCUUUUCGAGCUGGGUCGCUACGAGGAUUUCCUGGAGCUCCAGACGUGCCUGGUGACCAUAUCUGCCAUGUGCAUGGGGUCCUUGGCAUUGCUGGACGGACUUACGGUGUACAAAGAGUGCUAUCACGACGACUAUUUGGAUGACUAUGGCAAAAUAGGCUACAAGCACUCACUGGCCACAUUUUAUUCCAAGUCCUGUUUUUGGUGGCUAACACCUCUUUUGUGGCUGGGCUACAAGAAACCACUGGAGCUGGAGGAUCUGGGUCAAACGAAGCUGGAGGAUAGUGCCAGAUCGCAUUACGACCACUUCUUGUACAUAUACACUGAGAAAAAAAAAAAGUCAAAUUCAUCCCCAUCCUUGUGGUACUGCUAUAUAAAGAACAGUUGGCACAUGUUUGCUCUGGGUGGAAUUUUGAAGCUUGCCGGUGAUUUAUUUGCCCUGAUUGGACCGCUGGCCAUACAGAACAUCGUUGAAUAUAUCGAGAAACUUUAUGCCCAGGCUGCCGAGCCAAAGGACGAUGAGGUGACCGAUCUGCUGUCCAAAUCCCGACUCCUGGGCACCGAAAUCGACGAGGUGUACGGCACCAACAUCGAUAAAGUGCGAAUCUACAGCAGCACCUGGUCGGAUCUACUGGCGAAUGGAUGGUGCAUUGCCUGGAUUGUCCUGCUGGCCGCCAUCACUCAGGGCGCCCUGUCCCAGGCCUCGACGCACAUCCUCAACAUGACGGGCAUCAGGAUUAAAACGUCCCUACAGGGUCUAAUUUAUAGAAAAAGUUUGCUCCUAAAGGCGGGCGGUGGCUCCGAUAGCAAUGAUUCUGCGGGGCAAGUUCAGUCAACAUCUCCGGCUCCGGAUGAAAAACAGAAAAACGAUGAAUCCAUGGCAACACAAGAGCACGUGGACACUUCAAGUGAACCAAAUGUCAGCCACGACAUUGGCAGCAUCACCAACCACAUGACCGAGGACACCCUGAACAUUAUGCAAUUCUUCCUGAUCAUCCACUAUGCCUGGGCCAUUCCGUUUAAGAUAGCUGUGGUCAUAUAUUUAUUAUAUGUGAAUUUGGGAAUCAGUGCAGUUAUUGGAUCCAUUGUUUGCAUUGUGAUAAUGACGCCCCUGCAGUUCUUCAUCGGAAAUGAAAUGUCAAAAAACGCAGAGGUCAUAGCGGGGUAUACCGAUGCGCGUUUAAAAAAAAUACACGAUACACUUGUUGGCAUUAAAGUGAUAAAACUGAAUGCCUGGGAUGAGGUAUUUCUCAAAAAGAUUCAGGAGGCGCGAAGAAAUGAACUCAAGUAUCUCAACAAGGAUGCGACAUUCUGGACCCUAAUGGCCGUGCUUACACAUAUUGCCACCGUAUUAAUCACAUUCGUUACCCUCGGCGUUUAUGUGUGGUUGCAUCGGGAUCAGGAGUUCGAUUUGAGUGCCAGUCGGCUGUUCUCCUCGCUGGCACUGUUCCAGCAGCUAACAGUACCGCUCCUGAUAUUCCCCAUCACAGUGCCCAUUAUCAUAGCGGCCAGGGUAUCGACGCGUCGAUUGGAGCGGUUCCUAAACUCCAGCGAGAUCCAGAAGCAGUUCGAGGGCAUACGCAAUAUGGCCAGAAUCUUGAGCAAGAGCGAUGCCUCCUUGGAUAUGUAUGAAACGCAGGAGAAAUCGAAUAUGACAAUGCGAACGGCCCAAGCGGAAAAUAUGCUGAAUGAAAAGCGUCUGGCUCAAAAGUCGCAAACUCCUGAGCUCGCAACUAAUUCCACUCCACUGCUGCAAAAUGCCGAGGAAUCCGCGGGAGACAUAUCCCCAUCCGCUGCCCUGGAAGUGGGCCACAACAAGCUAGUGCAGCAGCGUAGGGAACUGCUCCGGAAUACGCCUUAUGUGGCCAUUCGGCCUCCGAAAAUGCGCGGCAGUGUGAUAGAGAGACCCGUGGAAUUUUCCGUGAUUCGGGCCAGGAAUACGGAUAGCUGGCGACGUGAUUCCCUACUGCUGAAAAUGCCCGAUGACAUUGCCGUAUCGAUCAACGACGGCCUCUUCACGUGGCAUCCACAGAGCCAAAUGCCCGUGGUGCAACUGCAUGUGCCCGGCAUCAUCGUUCCCAAGGGAAAACUAACCAUAGUUGUGGGCAAAAACGGCAGUGGCAAGACUUCCCUUCUAUCGGCGCUCCUCAUGGAGAUGCCGCUUCUCGCAGGCAACAUGUUUUGGCACAAAACCUGCACUAUUUCCUAUGUUUCACAACAACCUUGGCUCUUGAACGACACCAUUCGCGAGAACAUACUUUUCGGAGAGUCCUUUCGACCGAAACGAUAUGAUUUCGUAUUGGAUGCCUGUGCCCUUAAGCCAGAUAUUGAGUUAAUGCCCAGAGGGGAUCUUAGCAUCAUCGGGGAGCGCGGAAUAAACAUCUCUGGAGGACAAAGGCAGCGAAUUGCCAUAGCUCGAGCUAUAUAUUCAUCGGCUAAUGUGGUCAUUAUGGAUGACCCAUUGGCUUCACUUGACAACGAGGUGGGCGAGCACAUAUUUCAGCACUGCAUACGUGAGAUGUUACAAAAGUCGACUCGAACCUUCAUCCUCGUGACUCAACAAUUGCACCGCAUCAAGGAGGCAGAAUACUUAAUUGCAUUAAAAGAUGGCCGUGUAGAAGCGUGUGGCAGCUAUGCGGAUAUCGAAUUGGUGCAACCGCGAAUUACCGCCGAAUGGAACGCGGUUAUUGCGAUGGAAAAGGCCAGGAAGGAUAACCCCUCUCAAAAUCCUGGUGAAAAAACAGCAGGUGAGCGGUGGAAAUUGCUAAGGAAUGUGAGCAGACUGGGCUUACAGCGUUCUAUUUCGGUGUCGAUGGAUGCGAAUGCUGCAUGCCACACGGAGACGACUGAUGGAUGCAGUGGCUGCAUAUCGGUGGCUAAUAUGCAGUUGAAUGUGGUCGAGCAGGACGAGGAGGAUGAGGAGGAUGACCAAGUGUCUGUGUCAUAUCCCAUCAGCAAUGCAUCCUGUGGCGGCUUCAGCUUGCAGCGCAAACGUUCCAGUAGCUAUGGAUCCCGGCAUCUGAUGUACGAUAUUCCCCUGCCGAUCGACGAGUGCCAGGGAGACGAUGUCAUCAUGCGACCUCGCCGCCGGCAUACUCUCAGUCGUCGUGGCAGUCGGACCACCAACUCCUGGCACCGAUUGAGUGGCCUCAGCACCCUGACGGCCACUUCUGCGUCCAGUUCCACCAGUGGGGAUGUGCUGAGCCGCAGUGUGCUGGCCACCAGUUGCAGCAGCUAUGCGGAGAGCAGUGUGGAUGACAGUGGUGAUUUGGCCACGGCGGCACCAGAACCACGAGUUCAAUCCUGGCAACCGCCACAGCAUGUUGCCCAUCAGCCUUUGUCACGGAACGCCUCCUCUCCGCCAGCCAUGGAGAUGGUCAAUCCGGACGUGAAGAAGUCGGAGGAGGCCAGGAGGUCCAAUACCAGCUCGGAGGGUCCUUUGGAUGACCAUGUUCGAGGCAGUUUUCAGCAGUUCCUGCGGCGAAUGUCCAUGCGCCGCUCAAAUAAGCCCAAAAACCAUCAUCAUCCACUCAGUGCCACAAACUCCAUUCUAAGCAUUUCUGAGGAGUCUCCGCCCAUUGUACAUUUUCGUGCCACGAUUUUAGCGACAGAUGGGAGUAAGAAUAGCAAAUCUGUUCACAACGAAUCGCAGCCAGAAGAAAAGCUUAAAAAAUGCGUAAAUAUUGACUCGAAGGAAACCACAAUAAAUUGCGAUGACAAUUGCGAUUCAGCAUCGGACAAAGAAUCGAGGGCAAACGUGACAUCCCCGGUCGCCCAGGAGCACAAUGAAGGACACGUGCUGGACGAGGCAGGUGAAUCCGGCGGAGAAUCGAUGCCGCUGGCCAGGAUGGCGAUUGAUACGGAACGCAAAUAUGGGAAAAUAUCGGACGACAUAUAUCUAAUGUACAUACGAGCCGCCGGCCUGCCCAUAAUCACCAUCUUUUUUAUCACCGCACUAAUUUGGCAGUGUUUGCGUGUCUACACGGACGUUUGGCUGCAGCAGUGGAGCGAUGUCCAUGGAGCAGCCGCGUCCAAGGGCCAGGAGGUGCUCCAUCCACCGGAGCAGGACCACGAAGUCACGUACUAUUUUCGCAUGUACGCUGGCAUUUCGUGUGUUUGUAUAAUAAUGGCCCUGGUAUCAACACCGGCCGGACAAUAUGCCGGCUGUAAUGCCCGUCGUAAUUUGCACGAUAAGCUGCUGCAAACGAUUUUGCAUAAAACGCUGCACUUUUUCCAAGUGACCCCGCUCGGACGUAUUGUGAAUCGUUUCAGCAACGAUAUGGCCGUCAUUGAUAAGAAAAUUGCAGCCACAGGACAACGCCUGCUGCAAUUCACUUUGCUCUGCCUGUCGGCCAUUCUCAUAAAUGUCACCAUCACACCCUGGAUUUUGGUACUCACCCUGCCCAUCUGUGGAGCAUACUACCUCAUACAGAAGUUCUACAGGUGCUCAGCCAGGGAACUACAGCGGAUUGAAAACGCAACUAACUCGCCCGUCAUAUCCCAUCUUUCGGAGACCAUUCAAGGGGUGACUACGAUUCGAGCCUUUAACCAGCAGACUAGAUUCACGGAAAUCCUUUUCAAACGACUCGAGGCGAACACAAUCGCCUAUGCAUUGCUCAACACCAGCUAUCGAUGGCUUGGAGUAUCUCUGGACUAUUUGGGUGGAUGCAUUGUUUUUGUGGCCACCGUGACGGCAUUGACAGCGGCGAGCGUCAGUUGCAGGAGGCACUACGAGGCAUCCACAUCCACAUCCACAUCCGAAACUUAUGCUGUCACCAAGAGCUCGUCGGAGCUGAGACCUUCGCCAUCGCUGGUGGGUCUGGCCAUAAACUACACGUUGUUGGUGCCGAUUUACCUUAAUUGGGUUGUAAAACUUUUGGCUGAUAUGGAGAUGUAUGCGGGCUCCGUGGAACGCAUCGCCCAGUAUGCCCAGGGACAGGACGCGGAUGCGGAUGCGGAUGCGGACUUGGAUCAGGACCCGUCGUCCAAUGAGGAUGUGAGCGGCGAAGUCGAUAGGUCGUCCCAGUCGAAUGCUGGUGACAAAGUUUACCCAGGCGCAACGACAGCUGCCAGUGAUGUUGAUGAAGACGGAGAUGGAGACCAGCACCGGAAUGGAGGAGCACGUGGCGGUGCCUGCGGAACCCGGCAGGGACAUGGAAAUGGGGCUGAGGCAAACGCUGAUAAAUUAAAUGCAGGCAAUGCAACCGGCGACGGCAAUCACUUAAACUUCCACCUCCUCCCGGCGACAGCUGGCGACAAGGUGGAGGCGACGACAAAGACGUCGGUGAUUAAAGAUAAGCAACUGCCACCGCAGCAGGAGGACAAGGACGACAAGGACGACAAGGACGAGAAGGUCGACUUGCCAAAUGAGCCGGCCAGGAAGCUCGAGCGCUAUCAAAGUGUGGCAAUUUCGUGGCCACAAAGAGGUGAUAUCAAUUUCGAUAAUGUUAGUCUGCGAUACGAAGGGCAGACACAAAAUGUCAUCAGCAAUCUAACACUAAAAAUUCCCGCCGGACAACGGAUUGGCAUCUGUGGUCGCACUGGCAGUGGUAAAUCAUCCUUGGGACUGUCCCUCUUCGGUGUUCUACAAACGACCGGGGGCCACAUUUACAUUGACGACGUGGACAUUCAGCGCAUCCGACCAGACGAGCUGCGAACCAGGCUGUCAAUAAUUCCGCAGGAUGUGCACUUGUUCAACGCAACCAUACGUGAAAACCUCGAUCCACACGGUUACUUCCAGGACCUGCAAUUGUGGAAUUGCCUCGAAUUGGCGCAGCUAAAGGAGUUUGUCAACGGGCACCUUCCACUCGGCUUGCACACGGUGAUAUGCGACGGAGGGCUGAACCUGAGUGCUGGCCAUCGGCAGCUGUUGUGCCUGGCACGUGCCAUCUUGCGGGGAUCCGCGUGCCUCGUCCUGGACGAGGCAACAAGUGUCCUGGACAGCAGCACGGAGAGUGCGCUCCUCAGGGCGGCGGAUCUGGCCUUCCGGGGUCGCACUAUCAUCACCAUUGCUCAUCGCCUGACAACUAUUCUGGAUUACGACCGCUUAAUUGUGCUGGACCAAGGGCGCAUCGUGGAGGAUGGCAAUCCCAGGGAGCUCCAGCAGCUGGAGGGCUCCGUAUUCCGUGGCUUACUGGAGAAGGGCGCCAGCAAAUGGUAGAUCUAGCUGCUUCUCGCAAAUUUAACGAUAAUU